AUUUCCGUAUCAUUAACGAUUAUUUAUGACAUGAUCGAUCAUGAUUGUGUCACGACUAUCGAACUUCCAACCAACAGCCGCGAUUUCGCACUUUACAGCACUACCCGCGGACUACUUUAAACCUCUAUUACAAUUAUUGCUCAUAAGCUGUUUAAAUGGCUCCAGAUGAGUUGGAAAGCCAGGUCAAGAGGGCAGAGUCGCCGCCCUGCUGCAGUGCAUCGAUCAUCAGAAGCCAAAACAUUACGUCGGGAAAUGAUUCUGAUCAGGAUUGUGAUUACACCCACAGUAUCCUAAGUGGUGAGGUAAUCUGCCAGUUGGACUGUUCUGAUGAAAUCAGGAAUCAGCAGCAGACUGAAGUCAAUAAUCAGGAAAUUGACUUAUCCAGCGAAUAUGCUGACGAUCAGGAUGUAAUAUUUAUAAGCGAGAAGGAAUAUUUAGAAAAGAAGGCGCAAAUCGACGCGUUAGUCCAGGAAAUGCUGGCUUUAGAACAGCGUCAGCGACAGUUCGAGGAAAGUCCAGCCAGUAGCGAGGAGCUACAAUGUGUCAGAAUGCAGUUGGAUAAGUUUAACUCUACUUUGGAGUCAUUGGGGGAGUUCCUGGACACUUUGCGCGUAAAGAGAGAUGCUCAGCUAGCUACAAUCAACUUGGAAACCGAGAACAACGAAGAAAUCGAGCAUCCACGCUGGUCCAAUCUAUAUUCCGGCUUGAGCCGCCAUCGCCACAAGGGCAAUCACACUUCGGCCGAGUUCUACCAGCAUAAAACGAAUAUAAUCGAUAGCUUGAAGACCAUAUAUGAGCCCAUAGGGCCAACGCCCACUGCCGACGACCUGGGGGAGCAGCCUACCGACUUGACGGUUCGUUUGAUGAAACAUCAGUGCCAUAGUCUGAAAUGGAUGCAAUUUCGUGAGCGACAGAAAAUAUGCGGUGGUAUCCUGGCGGACGACAUGGGACUCGGCAAGACUUUGAGCAUGAUUGCCUUGGUUUUGGCUUCAGAAGAAAAGAAGCUGAAAAAACGAGCAGACAUGAAGCGGGCUUUGGAAGCUAAGUGGACCGAAGAAUUCCAUCGAUUGAAGGUUAAAACAAAUCUGAAAUUCCGCAUGUUCGAUGAUGAAUCUUCUUCAGAGGAAGAGGAUAAUUACGAGCCACCGAUUAAGCGUGUGUGUGACAUUCCCGAAGCGGAGAUUUCAGAGUCCGAUGACGAGAUCUACGUGGGAAACACUCUAUAUCCAAAGGCUGCCACAUUGGUGGUUUGCCCAAUGAGCGUAAUGUGCCAAUGGGCCCAGGAAGUAGCUACCAAGGUAGCACUGAAUGCCAUUAAGACUUUGACCUUUCACGGUCCGAAUCGCCGAGACAUUGGGAUCGACUUAAUCAAAAGCCACGAUAUGGUGAUAACCUCUUACCAUACUGUGGCGAGUGAGUACAAGAGAUACGGAAAUGCCUCUGUGCUCUUUGCAGUUCACUGGAACCGUGUGAUCCUCGACGAGGCUCACGUCAUCAGAAAUGUAAAGACUAGUAGCUGCGUUUCCGUCUGCAAGCUAAGAGCACGCUGCCGUUGGGCCUUAACUGGCACUCCUGUCCAAAAUCGGGCGAUCGAUGUGUUUGCUUUAAUGCAAUUUUUGGGCGUGCCCAAUUUUCGAGACCUUCAGCAAUGGCGGAAAAAUUUAAAUGAAGGAAUGGCAGCCCACCGCAGGCUAAACUUCUUCAUCAAGCCCCUAAUGAUGCGCAGGACGAAGCAGCAGCUCCAGGCCAGUGGCGACAUCCCCGCACUGCCUGUUUUGCAUACCGAGUUGAUCUGCGUGGUGCUAUCUGAGCCGGAAAUGGCGGUUUAUCAAAUCCUGUCCGCUCUGUCACAAAAGAUCUUUGCUCAGUUUCUGCAGCAACGCGAGCUGGGCAAUAGCGAUUUGAACUACUACUCGUUGAACGAGACACCGCAGUUUAUCAAGAACACAUUUGACGCCAAGUAUACUGAAAUCUACAAUAUAUUUCUGCGAUCGCUUGGUUACAAUCCCCGGGAUAAACUAAAGGGUAUCGUCAUCCUGGUUCUCCUGUUGCGCUUGCGACAGUUUUGUUGCCACCCGGGUUUAAUGAUUGGGAUGCUGUGUGGUUCGAUGACCGAUGAAGAUGUGCAGAACGUGAAAGUCGAUGUUGAAGAUUUGGAUGGACCCUUGAAAAUGGAUGUCCUCGCCGAAUUGGACAAGUAUCAUACCGAAGACGAUGCCAUUGAUUUUGAAGAACCAAAAAUACCAAACGUUAAACUGGGAGACGUUAAAAAUGAGAAAGAGCCAUGGAAUAAUCUAAAGGAAGAGAAAUAUUGGUGGGAAGAUAAUGAUGGUCUGCCCUCGGGCCACCAUUCUUCUGCUCCGUUGAGUGGUGCCAGGGCUCUUAAGCUACUUAGUCCCCUAAAUCCCAUCUUUGAAUUUAAGCGGCCCUCCGCCAAACUAAAACUUGUUAUUGACAAAAUUCAGGAAAUACUCACCAGCACCUGUGAUAAGAUCAUCGUCGUUUCACAAUGGGUGACCUAUUUGGCCAUCAUUCGAGAGUAUUUGCAGGAUAUGUCAUGGGAGACGCUUAACUUUACGGGUCAGCUAAGCGCCAAGGACCGCGAGGAAGUUCUUCGCGAUUUCAACAUUGUUACCAACGAGAAGCGGGUGCUGCUACUGUCCCUCACCGCUGGCGGUGUGGGAUUAAAUCUCAACGUGGCCAAUCAUUUGUUGUUGAUCGACCUACAUUGGAAUCCACAGCUUGAGCGACAGGCUCAAGAUCGUAUUUACCGAUACGGUCAGAAGAAGCCCACCUAUAUUUACCGCUUUAUGUGUAUGGACACAGUGGAGCAACGCAUAAAGGCUUUGCAGGAUUACAAGCUAGAGAUCGCCAAAGUGGUCUUGCCCAAAGAAGGUGGAGUGUCGUCACACAGUGGCGGUGGUCUCAACCUCGCUGAGCUCAAGAAACUAUUCUCAAUGUAAACGACAAAAUUCU